AAGAAAAAAUGAGUGCUCCUAUUAAGACUGCGCCUCUGUCUUCUUUCCAUAUUCAAAGUGGUUUUACUUCUAGUUCUAGAAUCUAGACUAGUAGUACCUCAAAACAUUUCUUGAUCUACAAAACUCCGUAGAACUACAGAAUUCAGGCUACAAGAGACUGCUGUAAGAACUGUUUGAAGUUUCUGAGGGAUGCAGUUCUUUGGAGGCUCUGAGGUCAGUCCAUCACCUCCUAUACCCAGUGGUGCUGGGAACCGUGCUCACAUGAUGUACGUGUUUAAUAGGAAUGGUGUGUGUUUGCUGUAUAGAGAGUGGAAUAGACCUCUCAGAACCCUUAGUUCCCAACAAGAUCACAAGCUCAUGUUCGGACUUCUUUUCUCACUAAAAUCUUUUACUGCAAAGAUGGAUCCUUCCAGUGUUGAGAAAGGAAACCUUGGGGUGCCUCAAUUACCAGGUCAAGGAUGUUCAUUCCAUAGCUUCAGUACAAAUUCCUACAAAUUAAGUUUGAUGGAAACCCCCUCAGGGAUAAAGAUAAUAUUGGUCACAAAUCCAAAAACUGGUGAUUUACGGGAAUCCCUAAAGCACAUUUAUAGUUUGUACGUGGAGUAUGUUGUCAAGAAUCCCCUCUAUAGCCCAGGGACUCAAAUUAGGUGUGAGCUUUUUAAUACAGCUCUCGAUCAAUACGUGAAGAAUGUGUAGUACAUGGAGGUACAUAUAUCAUUGAUGAUCUGCCAGACCAGUACUAAACUUAUAUCGUUUUUCUUGACAUGUAUCCCUAUAAAGACGAUUGAGAAAUAUAUUUACAAUAUUGUCCACUCUCGUGCCCAUUUAUAUCGCAUUUUUCAGUUAGUGAGCUAAACAUUAAAGCUUCAGCCUAUUUUCCUCUGCAUUAGUGUUUGCUGAGCUUCCAGGUUCCAUCUUACUUUGAAAAAUCAUCUGCUUGAAAACCCGAAAAUGCUAAUGCUUAUCGGAAAUGUAAUUACAUUUCGACUAAGUUAAAGAUGCACGUGAUUUCCAUAA